AAUUCAGGUGUACAAGAUGCAUUCAAUCUAGGAUGAAAACCUGCGCUUGCUGAGAAAGGGAUCGCCAACAAAUCUCUUCUUGAGACAUACAGUGCCGAGCGUCUUCCUGUGAUCUCAGAGAUGCUCGAGGUUACCACCUCGAUUCUCGAUAGGACAAUAAUUCCCAUCUUCUACAUACUUGGCAUCAACUGCCGAUUCAGCACCAUCGUACUCGAUGAAUUUGUGGCUUCAGUGAAGCCUGUCAACGUAUAUGGAGUGCUUGACGAGGGGAAUCUGGAGGCUGGGGACAGGGUACCUGAUGCAUCCAAUAUGCUGCAGGUGGGGCGCUAGAGCCUGACGUGACAACGCUUUUUGGUUUGCACAGACCCUGGUACCACACAAUACUUGUAUUUGCAUCGAGUCUCGUUGAUGUUACUCCGAUAUUGGGUGCACUGGAGGCAUACGACAAAAGUGUCGUACGAUCGAUCGGCAGUCGUCCUGCCAUCAUCGGCAUCAGUGACGCCUGUCGCAUCUCCUGUUGGCCUCGUUCUUGUUGAUCGAGAGGGCUAUGCUUAUUCGGCCUACAUCGUAGAAGUUGGCCAGACGAAAGUGUUUGUGAUACGGCCGGACGGAGUGAUUGGGGCGAUAGUUCAUGGUGUAGAAGAUAUUUUUCGAUACGUGGCCUCGACGUUCAUUAAUCAUUUUUGGCCUUUGACUUUACAAGUACAACUGAUUCCUGUAUACCUCAUUCAAUGUCGUAACUGAAAAUGAGAAAAUGAAAAUGUUCACGAU